CGCUUAUGUAAGCCUGGCUUUUACAGACAUUCGAGUGCAGUACGAUAAUGUGUAAGAUCGAUACUUCUCUUUUUGUUCCUUCACUUUGCACUCCGCUGAUGCCAUCCCAAAACAUGCUAAGAACCUGCUGAGUCUCACGGCCUGGGCUUGGACAACUUCAUUCGACCAAAGGUAGCAGCAGUUUUUCUGUGCACCUAUGUCUGGGCAAAAUCACCACCCAUGCCGAGAAAAGAGGUGAAGAAAGAAGAGACAGCCGCAACGUUGAGAUUACAAACUGCUCAGUAUGGGCGACGAUACUGAGCUUCGACUCAACAUUGAUCGUCACAUCAAGUACUGGAAGCGGUGUGCACAGAUUCUUCCAGAGCCGUACGCAACAGGAGAAUCAAGUCGGAUGAGCUUCGGCUUCUUCAUAGUGGCUGCUCUGGAUUUGCUCGGAGCCCUAGAAACGGCCAUAACAAUCGCGGAGAGGCAGAGCUGGAUCGAAUGGAUAUAUACCUGUCAAGUCCCCUUCACUGGUGGAUUUCGAGGCUUCACAGGCACGAUGCUCGGUAGCAUGAGAAGUUCGCACAACUGGCACUGGGACCCGGCCAAUCUGCCUAACACCUACUUUGCGUUGGCUACACUAAUUAUACUCGGAGACGAUUUGAGUAGAGUCAGUAGAGCGGAAUGCAUGCGAUGGGUGUGCAGUCUGCAGAGGCUAGACGGCAGCUUCGGCGAGUUUCUGGGGGAGGGCAAUGCGGUCGAAGGCGCAGACGAUAUGAGGCUCUGUAUGUGUGCUGUGGGCGUUAUGAAGAUCUUGCAAGGGAAUCCGUUGGACAGUGGAGACCUUACACUGGACAAGGCUAAAAUACUGCAAUACAUCGCGAAUUGUCAGAGUCAUGAAGGAGGACUUGGUCAAGCACCCCUGCUGGAAGCACACUCUGGAUUGAACUACUGCGCGAUUGCGACACUCUCCUUCCUCGGUCUCCUUCGACAGCCACCGAUGCCUGUGUACGAAGUCGCAAAGGAAGCUGAUGUCGAUACUGAGGCCUGUAUCAGAUGGAUGCUCGAUCGGCAGACUAUGUGGGUAGAUGAAGAUGAAGACGACGAAGACGAAGAGGAUGACGGCAAAGGUGACGAUGGUCAGCAGGAUGCACCCUUCAAGACGGCCGCUCCGUGCAACCAGUCGGAUUCCCAAAGAGUCGUUGCCGGCUUUUGUGGCAGAUGCGGCAAAGUUGCAGACACUUGCUAUUGCUUCUGGAAUGUCGGAGCCCUGGCUGUGAGUUCGACCCGAAGCCUGCCAGCCGAUGACUCCUGGAGACAGUUGUACAUAUGAUUGGCGGCUUUGGCAAAGCACCCGGCGAGCUUCCUGGUACGUUCUCAUGGCCAGUAUCAUGGUAGUGUUCCCUUGCAGUGCUAACAAUAUUCAGAUUUGCUGCACUCCUAUCUCGG